CAAUUUAACGACUGUCGAAAUCCCGAGCUGGUCAGAAAUUCGCUAGCCACGGGAGGGAUCGAACCUGCGACCUCUCGCCAAGAUGCGCGACGUGGGCGAUCCGGCAGGGAAACGUUCUCAGCCCAACCACCACGGCUCUGGUUCGGGCCCAGAAAAGAGUGAAAGACAAGCACAAACGGACAGACAUCAUCAUCUUCAGCUGGUCCGACCGGUUGGACGUAAUGCUCAUCGUACCCACCGAACGUGUUCUACUCCUUCAUCGUCACGCUUGCUCGAACCAACUUAACUACCACUCCCUCCCUCGCUCGCGCUCUCUCACUAUGCUGUCAGAUCUCUCGCUAUAAUCGCCGUCGACCGCUCCCCCGGCUCGCGGAUCUCUCUCCGUCCACACGCUCGCAGACCCAUCUCCGCGGUCUCCGGGAAUCGCAUUCGCCUCGACGAGAUCGACGCGCGGCGACAUUGGAGGCAGCGUUUGAGCAUGCGUUGAAGCGGCAAUGGAGAGAGACUCGUCCGACGAAGACGACGACGGCCACCGCCACCUCGUCCACCAGAACGACACCAGGCCCGUCUCCUCCACCGGCCGGCAGCGAUCCGCGCUCGACAUCGAGGACUUGGACUCCCGCAUCGGCGCCGCUCGCCGCUUCAGCUUCAGGCUCAGCAGGAGCUACCUCCUCGCGAUUCUGAUCUCCGUUCUGUUCCUCGGCGCGUUCUUCUCCGCGGACGUCCGCGGCUUGUUCUCCGGCGAUGCCUCGGCGUUCGAGGUCGAUUCGACCGCGGAUCGCAUGAGGGAGUCCGAGUUACGAGCUCUGAGCUUGUUGAAGCAGCAAAGGUUGGGGCUUUUUGGUUUGUGGAAUCAUACGUUUCUGGAUUCUGCAAGUGCUCGCAAUGGGACUGCGAAUUUUACUUUCAGUAGCUUGAAUUCGAGUGUGUUGAAACAAGAUAAUGAUCAUCUGUUGGUGUCUUCCUCGUCUUUAUUCGAGGAUUUUAAGACCUCCGUACUUAGGCAGAUUGAGCUGAAUAAGGAUAUUGAAGAGGUAUUGCUGUUGCCACAUCAGUCAGGGAAUGUGUCCGUGGAGAAUGGUGAUGGUGAUAUGGUCGAUGUGAGUUUCGGUGAUUUUGGUGAUCGGUGUCGGACGGUGGAUCAAAGUUCCUUGGGGAGAAAAACCAUUGAGUGGAAGCCGAAACCGGAUAAGUUUUUGCUUGCCAUUUGCGUUUCUGGUCAAAUGUCGAACCAUUUGAUUUGUUUAGAGAAGCACAUGUUCUUUGCUGCUGUUCUUGGCAGGAUUUUGGUUGUUCCCAGCUCAGAAGUUGAUUAUGAAUACAAUAAGGUGUUGGAUGUCAACCGCAUUAAUGAUUGCUUGGGAAGGAAAGUUGUAAUGUCAUUUGAGGAGUUUUCCAAGGUCAAGAAAACGCACUUGCAUAUUGAUAGAUUCAUAUGUUAUUUCUCCUCACCGCAGCAUUGUUAUGUUGAUGAUGAACAUGUCAAGAAGUUGAAGGGCUUGGGGAUUUCAAUGGGUAAGCUUGAGUCUCCCUGGGUUGAGGAUACUCAGAAGCCGAAUAAGAGGACUAUUCAGGAUGUUGAAGCCAAGUUCACAGUAGAUGAUGAUGUUAUUGCAAUUGGAGAUGUUUUCUCUGCCAAUUUGGAGCAAGAGUGGUUGGCGCAGCCUGGCGGUCCGCUUGCUCACAAAUGCAAAACUUUGAUUGAACCUAGUCGUCUUAUAGUGCGCACUGCACAGAGAUUUAUUCAGACAUUCCUGGGGAAGAACUACAUUGCUCUUCAUUUCCGGCGGCAUGGCUUUUUGAAAUUCUGCAAUGCCAAGAAACCCAGUUGCUUUUACCCUGUCCCUCAAGCUGCCGAAUGCAUCAAGCGGGUGGUGGAAAGAGCUGAUGCACCUGUAAUUUAUCUAUCGACAGAUGCAGCAGAGAGUGAAACAGGCCUCCUGCAGACUCUUAUUUUUUCAAACGGGAAGCCUGUACCUCUAGUGAAGAGGCCUGAUCGCAAUCCAGCUGAGAAAUGGGAUGCUUUGCUGUAUAGACACGGCUUGCAGGACGAUUCCCAGGUGGAAGCUAUGCUGGACAAGACGAUAUGCGCAAUGUCUAGGGUAUUCAUUGGAGCCUCGGGAUCUACUUUCACGGAGGACAUACUGCGUCUGAGGAAGGACUGGGGGUUGGUGUCUCGUUGUGACGAGUACCUGUGCCAAGGCGAAGAGCCGAAUUUCAUAGCAGAUGAUGAGUGAAAAAAGAGCUAAGGAUGCAAUUCACGUGACUAACUGCUCGACCAGCCUCCCUUGGCGGCAUGAGUGUCGGUCGAGACCGUCACCUCGGUCAGUCGUAUCGACCGAGAUUUGAUAUCCAUCUAAUGUUUUGUCACAAGCUUCUUACAUUUUUGUUAGCAAGUUUCCUAUUCUUUAUUUUUUAACCUUCUUGAGGCUUAGGGGAAUGAAUGAUCUGUAGCAUGCCCGACAUUAGUUAUUCUGGCAGUGGCUGAUAAGCCUGAUAUUGUGUACCUUAGCAUGGUUACGCGGUUCAGAACUGUUGGAAGCUUAUGCACUAGAUAAUAGCAAAAAUAUGAUUCCUAAACUUU